CAGUGGCACCUCCGUAAUUCCCCGAAACAUCAAUGGACAUUUACGUAAAGCACGAAAAAAAUGAACCUCAUUAAAAACUCUUUCGGCCUUUCCUCUUUCGUUCUCUCUCUCUCUCUCUUAUUUGCUUCUUCGAGUUUCACAGCCAAGUCGUAAAAGGGUUUCAAGGGAUGGAAAACAUGCAGAGCUUCUGGCAAUUGGGUGAUGAACUCCGUGGGCACUCAAAAGCAUCGGAGGAUCACAAGUGGUUAAUGGUUGCCUCGAAACUGGCCGAACAGACAAGAUUGAAGGGGGAGCGUGUGAACAACCUUGAUCUUUCAAAGGGACCCAUUGAAACAAGGUCAAGGGAUAAAUUUGGGUUCCAGGAAGAGAACAAAUUUGAUUCUCUUAACUUGAGCAUGUUGAACCUGGACUCUAAAUUUACUGAGAAUGUGAGCAAAAGCUCACUUCGAAAUGGUGUUUAUGGUAUGAAUGCAGUGUAUCAGAAAAACAAUGCAAACUUGGUGAGUAAUGUGAUCAGUAACAAGUACAAUGGCAGUAUUCAGCAUAACAAAGAGAUCAACAACAACACUGGCAACAACAUCAACACCAAUGAAAGCAACAACACAAAUGCAACUGACAAAAGGUUUAAGACCUUGCCUGCUGCGGAGACACUCCCCCGCAAUGAGGUGCUUGGAGGAUACAUCUUUGUCUGUAACAAUGACACAAUGCAGGAAGACUUGAAACGUCAGCUAUUUGGUUUGCCUCCAAGGUAUCGAGAUUCUGUUAGGGCAAUAACACCAGGGCUACCUUUAUUUCUUUAUAACUAUACUACUCAUCAGCUGCAUGGUAUUUUUGAGGCAGCAAGUUUUGGUGGCUCUAACAUAGAUCCAACUGCCUGGGAGGAUAAAAAAUGCAAAGGGGAAUCAAGGUUUCCAGCUCAGGUAAGAAUCCGUGUCAGGAAGCUCUGCAAGGCAUUGGAAGAAGAUUCUUUCAGGCCAGUAUUGCAUCAUUAUGACGGGCCAAAGUUUCGUCUUGAACUGUCAGUUCCAGAGACUCUGGAUCUGUUGGACCUAUGUGAACAAGCUGGUUCAGCAGCAUAAGCAAGAAUCAAACAAAGAAUGAAUGUGCAAAAUAGGUAGGUUUUGGUGUGCCAGCUGUGUGGUUUUGGCAGAUUUUCCGUGAAGCGUAAGCUUGGAAAGUGAAUCAUCAUCAUGUUUUGGGGGAAGUAAAGGGAGCGUGUUGUUGAGAGUGAGAGACCCUUUGUUGGUGAAUAAAUGGUUGUUGUGGUAUCUAUCCCCUGGAAGAUGCUUUGUAGCUGUUACAUGACAUUUAAUACCUUUGUAUGAUUAAGUAAAGUACAGACUACUGUUUGUACUGCUAAAGUAUGUAUCUGUUGAACCAAGAAAAAAAUUAAAGUUAAAAAGCUUCAUGUAUUACUAAACUCUAUGUUGAGUUGGUUGAAGUGAUCUUUUAUUUUAUUGGCAA